AUGGCUGAACAGAAGACUGCGGCUGGAGUGAUGGAAGGAGAGGAUAAGAUCCUGAAGAACAUGUCACGCUUCACCAACGACUCCAUGUGUGUUAACUACCUGAAGGCUUUCAAGAGGGAGUCUACCGACAGAUUGGCACAGUAUCGUCAUGCGUUGAUCCAGAAGCAAAAGCACGAUGUCACUGAUCGUGUGCUGCAUCAGCUUCAGAACAUCGAGAGAUCUGAGCAUAACAUAGCCGCUUCUAUGCAAGAAAUUCUCGUUCGGGAGACGGCAUCAUCUUUCCGUGAUAUGUUCCCGACUGAUCCCAAGAUGCAGCAAGAGAGCCUCAACACAGCCAUUGCUCAGUUGGCUGGUGACACCGUCGAUGCGUCUAAGGAUCCGGUCAAGAAUCACUUUGUGAACUCCUUCAAGGACUUGAAAACUCAGGAUGUUUCCAAGGCUACUGCUGAUGCUAAGGGCACUCUGAUACAGCGAUUGGCGUUUGAUAAGAGGAGAAGUGAGAGGGAUUUCGAGAGGCAGUAUAUGGUGACCAAGGCUGAGGCUGAUGAAGUGAGAAGUCUUGCUAAGAAGGCUAAAGGGAAGGGAGGAUACGAUUGGUCAAUACUUGAUGCGACGGACAUGGCUCGUUUGGAGGAGCUCUACACUAAAAUAAACAACAAGGUCGGGUUCCCGAUGCUCAGCGAAGCCGCUGUCCAGUCGGUGCCUGUCGACGCUUGCGCUGAUCUACGAGCAAAGGAGUAUACGACCCAUAUGAACGAGCAGCUGGAAGUGUUACGCGUGAAGCUGCGUAACGAGAGGUUGAAUAUGUUCGCUGCCGCCUUCUGA